AUGUCGUCUCGGCCACGCUUAAUCUCGCUAGACGCGUUUGCCAAAACCGUCGAGGACGCCCGGGUGAAAACAGCCUCGGGCGGCAUGAUCACGUUGGUUUGUGUGGUGAUUGUGCUUUUCCUUAUAAGAAACGAGUACUCUGAGUAUACGCUGAUGGUGGUGAGACCAGAGUUGGUGGUGGACAGGGAUGUGAACAGACAGCUUGAUAUCAACUUGGACAUUACGUUCCCGAAUGUGCCUUGUGGCGUGCUUACGUUGGACAUUUUGGAUAACCUGGGCGACUUGCACUUGGACGUGCUCCAGUCUGGGUUUGACAUUUAUCGGGUGCUCCAGCUGGGCCAGGAAGUGAAGGACGAUAUGCCUAUUAUGUCGGGCGUGGAGAAGUGGGAGGAGACGCUUGUGGGGUUGACGGAUGACGAGAAGGCCCGGGGCGUGGAGUGUGGCUCGUGUUAUGGUGCUGUGGAUCAGGCUGAGUCGAAACACUGCUGCAAUUCGUGUGCUGCCGUUAGACUCGCUUAUGCUGUGAAGGAGUGGGCGUUCUAUGAUGGGGAGAAUAUUGACCAGUGUGAAAGAGAAGGGUACGUUCAGACCAUGAAGAGGAGAAUUAACGAUAACGAGGGAUGCCGUGUGAAGGGCCUGGCUAAGAUCAACAGAAUCUCGGGUAAUUUGCAUUUUGCUCCGGGAAUCCAGAUCUCUAGACAAGGAAGACACUCUCAUGAUAUGUCGUUGUGGAGAAAGUACGCUGAUAAGUUCAACAUUGACCAUAAAAUCAACCACUUUUCGUUUGGCAAGGACCCAUCUGCUUCGUUGAGACUCGCCCAUCCUUCCGAAGAUAACCAGGCGCCUUCUAUUGCUCCUUUGGACGGCUUCGUGUUUAAUCAGGCUAAAAAAGAACAUGUGGCUCUGUACUUCUUAUCUGUGGUUUCCACCAGAUUUGAAUACUUGGAAGGCAAACAAGCACCUGAAGAAACCAACCAGUUUUCUGUCAUCACUCACGAUAGACCAGUGAUUGGCGGCAGAGACGACGACCACCAAAACACCUUGCAUGCCCGUGGAGGCGUUCCAGGAACGUUCUUCCACUUUGAUAUCUCGCCAAUGAAGAUCAUCAACAGACAAGAAUACGCCAAGACGUGGUCAGGCUUUGUUUUGGGUGUCAUCAGUUCGAUUGCCGGUGUUUUGACCGUUGGUGCUGUGCUCGAUCGGUCCGUCUGGGCAGCAGAACAAGCACUCAAAGGUAAAAAAGACACGUAG